AUGAAACUCUUUGUUUUCUGCAGCAUUGCUUUUGAGAAUUCCGCUAGCAAACUCGUGGAGCCCGGAGAGAAGAUCCAUCGGGCACCACCAGGCUCCUCUCUGCGAGAGUGGGAGAGCAGGUUUCACUGUCUUUGCAAGAGAAGGAGUGCUGGCAACAUCCCUUUUGAGUCAGCUGGUCCAUUUCUGCUUAGUAGCUGUUCAGCUUGCACCACAUCAGAGCGGGCAGAGAGCGGCCUGAGCACCCCUUAUGCAAUGUGCAAGAAGGAGGUCCGGUUGGACCCCAAUGAGACCAAUGAAAUCGCCAAUGCCAACUCCCGUCAGCAGAUCUGGAAGCUGAUCAAGGAUGGGCGGAUCAUCCGGAAGCCUGUGACUGUCCAUUCCCGGGCUCGAUGCCGGAAAAACACUUUGGCUCGACGGAAGGGCAGGCAUAUGGGCACAGGGAAGCGGAAGGGUACUGCCAACGCUCGGAUGCCUGAGAAGGUGACCUGGAGGAGAAGGAUGCGGAUCUUGCGCCGACUUCUCAGGAGAUACCGUGAAUCCAAGAAGAUUGACCGCCAUAUGUAUCACAGCCUGUAUCUGAAGGUCAAGGGGAAUGUCUUCAAAAACAAGCGGAUUCUCAUGGAACACGUCCACAAGCCGAAGGCAGACAAGGCCCGCAAGAAGCUCCUGGCUGACCAGGCUGAGGCUCGCAGGUCUAAGACCAAGGAAGCCCGAAAGCGCCGGGAGGAGCGUCUCCAGGCCAAGAAGGAGGAGAUCAUCAAGACUCUGUCCAAGGAGGAAGAGACCAAGAAAUAAAGCUUCUCUCGUGUCUGUACAUAAUGGGCUGCCUGUGGCCUCAGGCGGAUCAG